AUGCUGAUUAUGGUCUUAGUGCGAAUUGUUGUCAAGUCUAAUGCCGUUCCCCCUCAUAGCAGCCCGUUCCCCCUCGUAGCACUCCGUUUCCCCCUCGUAGCACUCCGUCUCUCCCUCAUAGCACUCCGUUUCCCCCUCACAUCACUCCGAUUUCCCCUCAUAGCACGGGAGUUUCCCCCUCAUAGCACUCCCACUCCGUUUCCCCCUCGUAGCACUCCGUUUCCCCCUCAUAGCACUCCGUUUCCCCCUCUUAGCUCUCCGAUUUCCCCUCAUAGCACUCCAAGUUUCCCCCUCACCACACUCCGUUUCCCCCUCAUAGCACUCCGAUUUCCCCUCAUAGCACUCCGUUUCCCCUUCAUAGCACUCCGUUUCCCCCGUAUAGCAUCCCGUUCCCCCUCAUAUCAUCCCGUUCCACCUCGUAGCACUACCACUCCGUUUCCCCCUCAUACCACUCCGAUUUCCCCUCAUAGCACUCCGUUUCCCCUUCAUAGCACUCCGUUUCCCCCUUAUAGCAUCCCCACUCCGUUUCCCCCUCAUAGCACUCCGUUUCCCCCUCAUAGCACUCCGUGCGUCACAUGCCAUGGUGUGCCCAAUGGGUUGCCGGGUCUUCUUUCCCCCCAUCACCUGGCCUCGUUUCCCUUCACUGCCUGCCUUUCAUUUCCCCCACUGCAGGUCUUCUUUCCCCCCAUCACCUGGCCUCGUUUCCCUUCACUGCCUGCCUUUCAUUUCCCCCACUGCAGGUCUUCUUUCCCCCCAUCACCUGGCCUCGUUUCCCUUCACUGCCUGCCUUUCAUUUCCCCCACUGCAGGUCUUCUUUCCCCCCAUCACCUGGCCUCGUUUCCCUUCACUGCCUGCCUUUCAUUUCCCCCACUGCAAGUCUUCUUUCCCCCCAUCACCUGGCCUCGUUUCCCUUCACUGCCUGCCUUUCAUUUCCCCCACUGCAGGUCUUCUUUCCCCCCAUCACCUGGCCUCGUUUCCCUUCACUGCCUGCCUUUCAUUUCCCCCACUGCAGUUCACUCACACCGACCCCACGGUUGUUUCCUGCCUUCCUUCCCCCCCACAGUCUUACUUCCCCCCAUUGCCUGCCUUUCAUCCCCCCAUCUGCAGGUGCUCCUUUCCCCAAUUUCCUGGCCUUCUUUCCCUCCACUGAAGGUUCUCCUUCCCCCCAAUGCCUGUCCUCCUUUACCCCCACUGCCACCCUUCAAUUCCCCCUGUUGCGGGCCUUCCUUCCCCCCACUGCGUGCCCUCAUUUCCCACCCUCAACCUGCCUUCCAUCCCCCCAUGGGAGUCUUUCCCCACCCCACUUCCUGGCCUCCUUUCCCCCAACGGCCUCUGUGA